CACACACGCGAAAACACAGAAACAAUAAUGGAGUCAAAACCACAUGCUGUGUUGAUUCCAUUUCCAGUUCAAGGUCAUAUCAACUCAGUGCUGAAACUAGCGAAGCUGCUUCAUCUUAAAGGCUUCUUCAUAACUUUUAUCAACACUGAGUUCAACCAUAAACGCUUGCUCAAAUCUGGAAGUUUCAAAAGCCUUGAUGGCCUCCCAGAUUUUCGAUUCGAAACCAUUCCAGAUGGUCUUCCUCCUGCUGAGGAUGAAAACGCCUCUCAGGACUUACCCUCUCUUGGUGUCUCUAUAAUAAAGAAUUGUAUCCUUCCCUUUCAAAACCUUCUUGGAAGACUCAAUGAUUCUGCUUCUAAAGGCCUUAUACCCCCAAUCACUUGCUUGGUUUCUGAUGUUGCCAUGUACUUCACCGUUGAUGUUGCUGAAGCACUUGGACUGCGCAUUAUUCUACUUUGGCCUGCUAGUGCUUAUUCAUUGUUGGGUAUUUUGCACUAUCAAAAUCUACUUGACAGAGGGAUUAUACCUCUCAAAGAUGAGAGCUAUCUGACAAAUGGGUACUUGGAGAAGGAAAUAGACUGGAUUCCAGGAAUGAGAAAUAUCAAGUUGAAGGAUCUCCCUACCUUUUUGAGGACUACAGAUAUAAAUGAUUUCUAUUUGCAAUUUAGCAUUAUAUCAAUGGAGAAGGCUCAGAAAGCCUCCGCCAUUUGUUUCAACACAUUUGACGAGAUUGAAGGGGAGGCAAUGAGAGCUCUUUCCACCAUUUUCUCCUUUCCUCUUUACACCAUAGGCCCUUUCCCUGCAUUUCUAAGCCAAAUUCAACGGAACAACCAGUUGCUAUCUUUGAAGUCUAGUCUUUGGAAAGAAGAGACACUGUGUCUUGAUUGGCUAGAACUCAAGCAGCCUAGAUCCGUGGUUUAUGUCAAUUUCGGAAGCAUCACAGUCAUGCCUCCAGAAAAACUAAAUGAGUUUGCCUGGGGCUUGGCCAACAGCAAGAAAGCCUUCUUGUGGAUCAUAAGGCCUGAUCUUGUGAAUGGUGGUUCACUGAUUCUAUCAUCUGAGUUUCUGAGUGAGAUUCAAGAUAGAGGCCUUAUAGCAAAUUGGUGUGAACAAGAAAAAGUUUUGAACCACCCUUCAAUUGGAGGAUUCUUGACUCAUUGUGGAUGGAAUUCCAUGACAGAAAGUAUUUGUGCAGGAGUUCCUAUGGCAUGUUGGCCUUUCUUUGCAGAUCAACAAACGAACUGUAAGUAUGCAUGCCAAAAUUGGGAAAUUGGGGUUGAGAUUGAUAAUGAUGUGAAGAGAGAAGAAGUGGAGAAGCUUGUGAAUGAGUUGAUCGAAGGAGAGAGAGGGAAGAAGAUGAGACAAAAGACUUUAGAGUGGAAGAAAAUUGCUGAGGAGGACACAAGAGCUGGUGGUUCUUCUUACAUCAAUUUGGCAAAAAUGAUUAAAGAUGUGAUGAUCAAAACCAAAAACUAAAGUAUUAGUUAAUGUCCUCGUAAUCUAGUGAUAUGAGAGUUUCUUUAUAAGUAAAA